GCGCACGUCUUCAAGUUCUUGUGAGAGGGCUGUGCUCGAUAGAUUGAUAGGCAAUGCCUGGUAUGUGAUUUCCCGCGAAUCAGUCGCAGUUUCUCGCGGUCGGGACGCCAGAGCAAGUGGUGCUAACAAAGGUAAAAUAGCCAGGAGACGUUAAGCCACAAUGGGAAUACACGGACUUGCCAAGCUGAUUGCCGACCAGUCUCCUGGAGCCAUUAAAGAACAAGAUAUCAAGAACUACUUUGGCAGAAAAAUCGCUAUAGAUGCCUCGAUGUGCAUCUACCAGUUCCUGAUCGCUGUGCGACAAGACGGCAACGUGCUGCAGAAUGAGGAUGGAGAGACGACGAGCCACCUGAUGGGCAUGUUCUACCGGACAAUCCGCAUGCUGGAACACGGCAUCAAACCUGUGUAUGUGUUUGAUGGCAAGCCACCACAGCUCAAGUCAGCAGAGCUGGAGAAGAGAGGGGAGAGGAGGGCAGAAGCUGAGAAGAUGCUUGCUCAAGCACAGGAAAUGGGGGAACAAGAAAAUAUCGACAAAUUCACCAAGCGUCUUGUAAAAGUCACAAAACAGCAUAAUGAUGAAUGCAAGAAGCUGUUGACCUUGAUGGGAGUACCUUACAUUGAGGCUCCGUGUGAGGCAGAAGCCAGCUGUGCCGCUCUGGUUAAAGCAGGGAAGGUGUUUGCCACAGCAACAGAGGAUAUGGACGGGCUGACCUUUGGUACCAAUGUCCUGCUCAGACACCUCACUGCCAGUGAAGCAAAGAAACUUCCUAUCCAAGAGUUCCACUUCAAUCGUAUCCUGCAAGACAUUGGCCUGACCAAUGAACAGUUCAUAGACCUGUGUAUUCUGCUGGGCUGUGACUACUGUGGGACCAUCAAGGGGAUUGGACCUAAGAGAGCCAUCGACCUGAUCAGACAGCACGGCUGCAUUGAGGAGAUCCUAGAAAACAUUGAACCCAGCAAGCAUCCCGUUCCAGAGGACUGGCUGUACAAGGAGGCUAGGAGUCUGUUUUUGAAGCCAGAUGUGGUGGAUUGUUCCUCAGUGGAGCUGAAGUGGAGUGAGCCUGAUGAGGAGGGACUGAUCCAGUUUAUGUGUAACGAGAAACAGUUCAGUGAGGACAGAAUUCGCAAUGGCUGUAAGAAGAUUGUGAAGAGCCGGCAGGGCAGCACACAGGGACGAUUGGACUCUUUCUUCUCUGUCACUGGAUCUCUGUCCUCUAAACGGAAGGAACCUGAGACAAAAGGAUCGGCAAAGAAAAAGCAGAAGAUUGGAACCACGCCAAACAAGUUUAAGAGGGGCAAAUAGAGCGAACAUAGUGAUGCACUGAUUCCUUUGGGAAAUAAGUAUUGAAUAACAGCUACUUAAUAAAGAUUUUAAAAAAGAACAUAGAGCUCCAGUUGAGUGAGGAGGAAGCUCCAGCACAGCAUGUAUACAAUGAUGAUUUCAACUGAAAAACUUAUACAUGACCAAACAUGAAGUUGUUGAUGUUUUAUUCAGUCUGUAAGGGCAUUAAAGUGUUCUCUGUUAUGGAAUAAAAGUGAGGAAGUCUUUUUGUA